CCUCGCCGCUCAACGCUUCAGACAGCCUCAGCGCGCUCACAAACAACCAGCCGUUCUCCAUCACCCGCUCUCUCACACACACAGAGAAACAUGAUUAAGAAAAUGAGUCCCUCGGAGAACGAGUUUGACAUCCCGGCGAAGAACUGCUACAGGAUGGUCAUUCUCGGAUCCACCAAAGUCGGCAAGACGGCGAUAGUGUCCCGCUUCCUGAACGCGCGCUUCGAGGAGCAGUACACGCCGACCAUAGAGGACUUCCACAGGAAACUCUACAGCAUUAAAGGAGAUGUAUACCAGCUUGACAUUCUGGAUACUUCAGGGAACCAUCCGUUCCCAGCCAUGAGGAGACUAUCUAUUCUCACAGGUGAUGUUUUCAUCCUGGUGUUCAGUCUGGACAACCGCGAGUCGUUCUGUGAGGUCCAGCGACUCAAGCAGCAGAUCUACGAGACCAAGUCCUGCCUCAAAAACAAGACCAAAGAGAACGUGGACGUGCCCCUGGUCAUCUGCGGGAACAAGGGCGACCGCGAGUUCUACCGCGAGGUCCAGCGCGAGGAGAUCGAGCAGCUGAUCGCCGGGGACGAGCAGUGCGCGUACUUCGAGAUCUCCGCCAAGAAGAACACUAACGUGGACCAGAUGUUCCAGAGACUUUUUGCUCUCGCCAAGCUGCCUAACGAGAUGAGCCCGGACCUCCACCGCAAGGUGUCCGUGCAGUACUGCGACAUCCUGCACAAGAAGUCCCUGAGAAACAAGAAGAUCAAGGACGGCGACGCGUACGGCAUCAUAGCGCCCUUUGCGCGCCGCCCGAGCGUGCACAGUGACUUGAUGUACAUCAAAGAGAAGGCGAUAGGAGGCAGCCAGGCGAAGGACAAAGAGAGAUGCGUUAUCAGCUAAACCCCGAGCCGCCUCCAGCGCUGCUGCGGUCAUUACUACGGGAUGCAGCCGUGUCGCUGCAGUCUCUCGGAGGGAGUUGUGCCUUUGCGGUGACUCCGGAUAAACCGCGUUCGCACCGGCGGUAGAAGUCAUCGGCUCGAGCGUGGGAGCGCAUGCAUGUUAUGCUCGCGAGAUCUCUUGUACAGAAUAGCGACUCUGUUCUGUUCAGUCCGAGCGCUCUGUGAUGUGGCUUAUCGACUCAAUGCUUCAAAAAUGUGCUUUCUUAGAACAUUUGCCUUGUCGAGUGAGUGAACGGGGAGUUGAGUUGCAAUGUCAGCUGCUUACAAUGUUCUGGUUAAAUUCGACCACGGUGGUGAAAUCAACUUGUGAAUGUUUUAUUGCGAUUUGAACAAUUUUUUUUUUUUUACUGUCAUUGAAUGUAUAUUUAUUCUUCUAUGCCGAUAUUGAAUUUGACACAAACAGAAAUAAAAUCAUUUCUCAAGAA